AUGGCCGCCGUCUUGAUCGCUCUUUUCUUGUCCGUCGUUGGACGCUGUCUUUCGGACAAAUACUCACCGCCAUACUCCUGGAAUCCCGAAGAUCCCUUUCUGGGGGAAUCUUUGGAAGAUGUCUCAACCAAGUUGCUGGCUCAGUAUGCAAAUUUCCCCGACACCUCCCACCUCUUGGUUCGCCUGCUGGCUAAAGAGAAACAACUGAGACAGGAGUUGGAGACGAAACUACAAAACUCUGUAAUGGACACCGAGUAUGAGGCGCAGUACGAGAAAGAUCUUCUUAAGCGCAUAACAGAUAUGGAGGAAUUUCUGCGUAGACGGAGUAAAGGUAGGGCUGUUGCGUUCUCAGCCCGUCUCUCCAAGAGCUUGCAGAAGAUUGGCAGGGCGAGUACUUUAGUAUACGCCUCAGAAGUUACGAAUAUUGGCGGAGAGUACAACUCCAGGACGGGCAAGUUCCGAUGUCCCGUAGACGGUGUGUAUCAGUUCUUUGUGAGCAUCCUCAGUCGUAAAGAGGAGCGUGUGAAGACAGAGCUGGUGGUUAAUGGACGGAGGAAUUUGCUGCUAUACUCCUCCGGGGACGAGAUUCACCGAGGAUCCUUGGGUAUGAACGGCGUCAUCCUGCAGCUAGAGGAAGGAGACUUAGUGUGGGUGAGGGUGUAUCACGGCUUCGGGGACUACAUUCACUGCUGUUGGAGCACUUUCAGUGGGGCCCUGAUCAAAACGAUGUGAAACACAUCAUGAUGAUCAAAACCGUCUGGAGUAUUAAAUUAUUGAUCAAAACCAUGUGAUACAACACGUUAUUGAUCAAAACAAUGUGAUUAUUGGUCAUAACCAUGUGAUUAUUGAUCAUAACCAUAAGAAAAAUCAUAUAAUUGAUCAAAUCCAUGCGGCACACUCUAUUUCUGAUCAAAACCACAGCGUUACUGAUCAGAAACAUGUGGACACUGCAUUAAUGACAUAAAUUACAUGAAUCACCAAAUUUUUUAUUAAAACCACUACAUUACGGGUGAAAACUAUUUUAAACACAACAUUACAGAUCAAAAUCACGUGAAACACAUCAGUAUUCAAACCAAAUGGUAAAUUUACCCGGUGUCUUAGCGGAAGUUUGAUGAAAAGUGCAUACAGUUAACGGGAUAUACUGUUGAUAUUGUGUGAACCAAAGAUCAUUAUUGAGGCGCCAGUGGCUCAAACAGGUGCAACACUUUAUAAAUAAUAUGGAGCUUAGGUAAUAAAACCUUGACUGAAU